AUGGGCCAGAGCCUUCCAUGCAAUGAGAGGGUGUGGGCGUUAAUUGAAGGAGAGACUUCUCGCCCUUUUUGCUUCAAGUUCAUUGGUGGACUGAAGUCUCCUGACUGGUAUCUCCAGGCUCUGGGAACAAGGCACAAGCCAGCAGUGAAGAAAUCACUUUUUAAAAUGAAGGACUUGCUACUGAUUCUGUGCCUUUUGGGAACAAGUUUCGCAGUGCCAAUAAAACAGGUAUUUCCUCAGCAAGCUGCAGCAACCGGACUGGGGAGCUUAAGCCUUGAGACAAUGAGACAGUUGGGGAACCUGAAUGGACUGAACCUGCUUUCUCAGUUCUCUCGGCUUGGUUAUGGUAAACCAUUCACCUCUUUAUGGAUGCACGGACUCCUUCCACCCCACUCCUCCUUCCCAUGGAUGCAGCAAAGGGACCACGAGACUCAACAGUAUGAAUAUGCCUUACCAGUACACCCGCCUCCUCUACCAUCCCAGCAGCCCCAAAAGCCAGGCCAGAAGACUUUCCUCCAGCCCACUCCAGCACCAGAUGCCACCCAGCACAGGGCACCUCAACCUCCACUGAAUCCGGGACAAAACCAAGGGCAUCCGGAGGACAGAGCAGCGGGCCAGCAGCCUGGGGGGCCCUUGGGCAGGGCAGGGAGGCCCGAGCUACCAGAACUGGAUUUUGCCAGUCAACUGGGUCAUUCGAUGUUUCCAAUGGGACGUUUGAUCUCUGAAGGACCGACACAAAAACCAGAGAAAGCCCCAGUUUACCCGAGAAUGUUUUACGUGCCCUAUGGAGCAAACCAAUUGAAUGCCCCAAGAAGAUUUGGCAUGCUAAGUUCUGAAGAAAUGAUGGGAGGAAGAGGUGGCCCCAUGGGUUAUGGUUCCAUGCUUCCAGGAAUGAAGUCUGGCUUCGGGGGGAUGCCCCCAAACCCAGCCAUGGGAGGAGACUUCACUCUUGAGCAUGACCUACCGACCGGUGCCAGCAAACCCCCUGGCCCAGCAGAGGGUGGUGCUCAAGGCUCCCCUGUGCCUGAAACCAAUCCAGAAAAUAUUGAGAAUCCAGCUUUCCUUCCAGAAGAAAUUCCUUGGGCUCAGGGAGGGAUCCUGUCUUUCCCUAAGGGAAGCAUUUCUAACUUAGGGAGAGUCCCAACUGGGCAGAUUAAGAGACCCCUCAAAGGCACUCCACCACCCUCUGAAUCAGGGAUGACUCUGGGACCAUCUGAUAUUACUGAGACCUUUGGCACUGAUAUAACUACCCCCCUGGCCAUCCUAGACGAAGGUCCUUUGGACAUUACUGUGGAACCAGAUACCCACCACACAUCAGUGCAAGGGAACGAGGCCUACCAGCCACAGAUUAUGGAAGAUGUAUGGCAUUUCCAAGAACCCUGAAAGGCUUCAGAAGUCAAUUACCUUCUGUA